AUGUCGGUGGCAGUGGGAAAAACACGAAGUUCGAUAGAGAAUUCCAGAAAGUGUGCUUCAAAGCUAUGGAAGCUGUUUCCUCACGCUUUUCUCAUACUUUCACUCGUCGGAUACGCUGUUUUGGGAGCGGUGCUAUUCUGGUACAUAGAGGGAGGGAGUGUGUACAGAACAGAAGGGGAAUAUCAUGAGUUUUUGGGUAAACUGUUGCGCACAAUUCAGAAUUAUCCAGGUAAGGUAAAUGGCCAGAAAGCUAGAUCUAUGUUUAUUAUUAUUAUUAUUAUUAUUAUUAUUAUUAUUAUUAUUAUAGAUUGGGUGAAAAUAGGAUUUUUACCUUCUUUUUUUAAUGUGUUGUAAAUGUGUUAAAAAAAUGUUUACGGCUGCCUUCAUUCAAAUAAUUGCAUUUUAUUUACAGGGAAUUUGUCCAGCAAUUCUUCACAAGAACAACAUUUGGUGAAAAAACUAAAGGAAGAAAUCAACGGGGGGUUCAAGUCCAUAUGGCUUCAACGUCCAGAUCUUUGGACAUUCUAUGGAUCCUUGUUCUUCUGCUGUACUGUAUUCACAACCGUG